CUUUCUUUCUCCUUCUCCUCUCUCGAACCCUAGACCUAGAUCCAGGGUCUCUUUCUCUUACAAAAAGUUUUCUCAAUUUUUUUUUUAAAAUUUAUUAUUAUUAUUUUGGUUUAAUUUCACAGAAUUCUCAGUCGCUCCUCCAUUCUCAAUAUUCUCCAAAACCCUAAACUAAAAACCCUCUUAUCUCUCUCUCUCUGUGCUAAAAAGGAAGAAGAUGGGUGAAGUGAAGGACAACGAGUACGAGGAAGAGCUAGUGGACUUCGAAGACGAUGACCCUAAAGCCCUCGACUCCGCCUCUGCCAAACCUGUUUCUGAUUCUGCCAAGAGGGGCUAUGUUGGGAUUCACAGUUCUGGAUUCAGAGACUUCCUGUUGAAACCAGAGCUUCUUCGAGCUAUUGUGGAUUCAGGAUUUGAACAUCCAUCCGAAGUGCAACAUGAGUGCAUACCACAAGCUAUAUUAGGAAUGGAUGUCAUCUGUCAAGCGAAAUCUGGGAUGGGGAAAACUGCUGUCUUUGUUCUAUCCAGUCUUCAGCAGAUUGAACCUGUUGCUGGUCAAGUUGCUGCUCUUGUUCUUUGCCACACAAGAGAACUAGCUUAUCAGAUCUGUCAUGAAUUUGAGAGGUUCAGUACCUAUUUGCCUGAUAUAAGGGUUGCUGUCUUCUAUGGUGGUGUCAAUAUCAGGAUUCACAAGGAUAUGCUGAAAAAUGAAUGUCCUCAUAUUGUUGUUGGAACACCUGGAAGAAUAUUGGCUCUGGCAAGGGAUAAAGAUCUUGGAUUGAAGAAUGUGAGGCAUUUUAUUCUUGAUGAGUGUGAUAAGAUGCUAGAAUCACUGGACAUGAGGAGAGAUGUGCAGGAGAUCUUCAAGAUGACUCCUCAUGACAAGCAAGUUAUGAUGUUUUCAGCAACUCUCAGUAAAGAGAUCCGCCCUGUUUGCAAAAAAUUCAUGCAAGAGCCAAUGGAAAUUUAUGUUGAUGAUGAGACCAAGUUGACUCUUCAUGGUCUUGUACAGCACUACAUUUUAUUGAAGGAGGCAGAGAAAAACCGCAAAUUGAAUGAUCUUCUUGACGCAUUGGACUUCAAUCAGGUUGUCAUUUUUGUUAAGAGUGUGACCAGAGCUGCUGAGCUGAACAAGUUACUUACCGAGUGUAACUUCCCCUCUAUCUGUAUCCAUUCAGGAAUGGCACAGGAGGAGAGGUUGAAACGUUAUAAGAAUUUCAAGGAGGGACAAUCAAGAAUUCUUGUGGCAACAGAUUUGGUAGGAAGGGGGAUUGAUAUAGAGCGGGUUAACAUAGUCAUCAACUAUGAUAUGCCAGAUUCUGCCGAUACAUACCUGCACAGGGUGGGCAGGGCUGGUAGAUUUGGGACUAAGGGGCUUGCAAUUACAUUUGUCUCAUCUGCAUCUGACUCCGAUGUUCUUAAUCAGGUUCAGUCAAGGUUCGAGGUGGACAUAAAGGAGCUUCCUGAGCAAAUUGAUACUUCAACUUACAUGCCAUCAUGAUGGGUUGGUUUUUCGGUCAAGAGCGGACCAAUCUGCAAUUAAAUUAGAGGAUGAUAUUAGCGGGCAGUUGUGUUUUAGUCAUAAUGUAGAAUAUUCAUAUUCAGCAGAGGAUUACAUUUCUUUUUGAGGAUUAUACUUUCUUCCUUUGUUUUGGAGCAUGUAAUUCUGAGCCUAGCUAAAUUGCCUGUAUGAUGUUAUGCUAUCAGUACUAAUUUCCUAGAUGUACGGUAUUGAUUUUGAUUUUUUGUUA